ACUUUCACAAAAUAGAUGGGUUUCCCAUUGUCCACUAAAAACCAUAAAUUAAGAAAUGAACGUGACUUUGUGUCCUUUUCAUUUCCUGCUGAGUCUGUGAGUGCCGUGCUUGGAGACAAGCUUCAUCUAGAAGAGCUUUUCUUGGAGUGCCGACUCCUUGCCACUUGGGCCUGCCCUGGGUCCUUAGUCCGCCUCUACCCUUCAGGGUUAAGUAGAGGACCCCAGUGGCCCGCGACAUGGCAGGCAGGCACGUGCGGUUUUCACUUCACUAUUGAUGGGAAUAAGAGGUCUUCAGCUAAAGUUUCAGAUUCAAUUUCUACGCAAUACCCGGUAGUGGACCAUGAAUUUGACGCGGUGGUGGUAGGCGCUGGAGGGGCAGGCUUGCGAGCUGCGUUUGGCCUUUCCGAGGCAGGGUUUAACACGGCCUGCGUCACAAAGCUCUUUCCUACGAGAUCACACACCGUUGCAGCUCAGGGAGGGAUCAAUGCUGCUCUGGGGAACAUGGAGGAGGACAACUGGAGGUGGCACUUCUACGACACUGUGAAAGGCUCCGACUGGCUGGGGGACCAGGAUGCCAUCCACUACAUGACAGAGCAGGCCCCUGCUUCCGUGGUAGAGCUGGAGAAUUAUGGCAUGCCAUUCAGCAGAACUGAAGAUGGGAGGAUCUACCAGCGCGCUUUUGGUGGACAGAGCCUCAAGUUUGGGAAAGGCGGGCAGGCCCAUCGGUGCUGCUGUGUGGCUGACCGCACUGGCCACUCGCUGCUGCACACGUUGUAUGGAAGGUCUCUGCGAUAUGAUACCAGCUAUUUUGUAGAGUAUUUUGCCUUGGAUCUCCUGAUGGAAAAUGGAGAAUGUCGUGGUGUUAUUGCGCUGUGCAUAGAAGACGGGUCCAUCCAUCGCAUAAGAGCAAAGAACACUGUUGUAGCUACUGGAGGCUACGGGCGCACCUACUUCAGCUGCACAUCUGCCCACACCAGCACCGGUGACGGCACCGCCAUGGUCACCAGGGCAGGCCUUCCCUGCCAGGACUUGGAGUUCGUUCAGUUUCACCCCACAGGUAUAUAUGGUGCCGGUUGUCUCAUUACAGAAGGGUGCCGUGGAGAGGGAGGCAUUCUCAUUAACAGUCAAGGCGAAAGAUUCAUGGAGCGAUAUGCCCCGGUUGCGAAGGACCUGGCAUCCAGAGACGUCGUGUCUCGGUCCAUGACUCUGGAAAUACGUGAAGGAAGAGGCUGUGGCCCUGAAAAAGAUCACGUCUACCUGCAGUUGCACCACCUACCCCCAGAGCAGCUGGCCAUACGGCUGCCUGGCAUUUCAGAGACCGCCAUGAUCUUCGCAGGUGUAGAUGUCACCAAGGAGCCCAUCCCCGUCCUUCCCACCGUGCAUUAUAACAUGGGCGGCAUUCCCACCAACUACAAGGGGCAGGUUCUGAGGCAUGUGAAUGGCCAGGAUCAGAUCGUGCCCGGCCUGUAUGCCUGUGGGGAGGCUGCCUGCGCCUCAGUGCAUGGUGCCAACCGUCUUGGGGCAAACUCACUCUUGGAUCUGGUUGUCUUUGGUCGGGCGUGUGCCCUGAGUAUCGCGGAGUCCUGCAGACCCGGAGAUAAAGUUCCUCCAAUUAAACCAAAUGCUGGAGAAGAGUCUGUCAUGAAUCUUGAUAAGUUGAGGUUUGCUGAUGGAACCCUAAGAACAUCAGAACUACGACUCAACAUGCAGAAGUCGAUGCAAAAUCAUGCUGCAGUGUUCCGUGUGGGAAGUGUGUUACAGGAAGGUUGUGAGAAAAUCAGCCAGCUCUAUGGAGACCUAAAAUAUCUGAAGACAUUUGACCGGGGAAUGGUCUGGAACACCGACCUGGUGGAGACCCUAGAGCUGCAGAACCUGAUGCUUUGUGCACUUCAGACCAUUUAUGGAGCGGAGGCUCGGAAGGAGUCACGAGGUGCUCAUGCCAGGGAAGAUUAUAAGGAGCGGAUUGACGAGUAUGAUUACUCCAAGCCCAUCCAGGGGCAGCAGAGGAAGCCAUUUGAGGAACACUGGAGGAAACACACCCUUUCCUACGUCGACAUCAAGACUGGGAAGGUCUCCUUGGAGUAUAGACCCGUCAUUGACAGAACUUUGAAUGAGGCAGACUGUGCCACAGUCCCUCCAGCCAUUCGCUCCUACUGAUUGGGCCAGAGGUGACCGACUUUGUACCCAUGUAUAAUAAUAGCUCAUGUGUGCUUUUAUAUCAUAACUGUCCUAUUGAUACCCUGUCUUCAAGGGAACAAGGGCCACCAUUCGAAUAGGUAUCAUCUACCUGGUGGCCAGAAGCUUGCCAGUAAUCAACAGCCAGGAAGUGUGAGGCUUCAUUCUUGUGAACUAAUAAAACUGGGCAUGAUUCUUAAAUAAACAUAAAUUACAAACCUA